CGGGUGCGUGGUGAACGUGAAACUCUGGUGAAUGAGCGACAAGCGCGGGGACGACAAUCGUGGCCAGGUUCGCGUCGCACGGUUCCUCGGCCAUCGCGGGUCCUGUUGAUAGAGCGCGAGAAAAAACGAGAAAGAGAAAGAUAGAAAAAAAAAGAGAAAGAGGAUGGUGUCAAGACGACUGUGAGUCGGCGGGAUAAUUUGGGGCCGGACAGCGAAGGCAGCGAACGACCAAAAGGAAUGCGCGUCGUGAUGCUGCCGACUUCGCCGAUGUCGAUCAUCGUAUGCUGGUCCUUAUCGUCGCCGCCACCGUCGUCGUCGUGAACGGUGACAAUACCACGAGUCAAUACCAAUAGCGAUGCAAUCUAUCUACUGGACUGGACGGCUGCUGUCGCGCGCGCUCUGGAACGGCAUCGCGAGCUAUAGCACCGCAUGCGGCACCGAGCAGCAGCCGUCGAGCGCGGUUGUCGCGUGCAGCAGACGCCGUGAGGCCUCACUCGUCUCCGCUGUGUGCGGUUUCCCAAAGGACUUCGCUCGGAGCCGAAUACGCAGGGGCCAAUUCGGCGACGACGCCUGGUUCACUGCCAGAUUCAAGACGGCCGAAGUCAUAGGUGUAGCUGAUGGUGUGGGGGGAUGGCGACACUAUGGAAUCGAUCCUGGAGAAUUUUCCAAUUUCCUAAUGAGGACAUGUGAGAGGCUAGUUUCCAUGGGUAGAUUCACACCUACAGAACCAGCUGGCUUAUUAGCACGUAGUUAUUAUGAAUUGUUAGAAAAUAAACAACCAAUAUUAGGUAGCAGCACCGCAUGCGUAAUAGUUCUCAAUAAAGAGACGAGUAGCAUUUACGCGGCCAAUAUAGGAGACAGUGGCUUCGUAGUUGUACGAAGAGGAGAGGUGGUGCAUCGGUCAUCAGAGCAACAACAUUAUUUCAAUACUCCCUUCCAAUUGUCGCUGCCGCCUCCAGGACAUUCUAAUCUAGUACUUCGCGACAGUCCAGAAUCUGCCGACACUUCGAGUUUCGGAGUCGAGGAUGGCGAUGUAAUCCUUCUGGCAACCGAUGGGGUAUUCGAUAAUGUGCCUGACCAGUUGCUAGUCACUGAGAUGCGUAAGAUCGAAGGCGAGAGGGACCCAACGAAAAUACAGUGCGUCGCUAACACGAUAGCGUGGAUGGCGCGUCGUUUAGCGUUUGACGGCGCCUUCAUGUCUCCGUUUGCUCAAAAUGCCCGAGAGAACGGGAUAGAUGCAAUAGGUGGUAAACCAGACGAUAUCACGGUGCUCUUAGCAACAGUGGCGAUAUGAUAAAAUAAAAGAAACCAGUUGUACAAUAGAGCCCUGAUGAUCAUUGUAUUAUAGUCCAUGUCAUUGCGUAUAUGUAUUUAGUUAUACAUCAUUAUAUUAAUCCUAUUACGCUAAUCAUUAUUAUUUAAAUCGAAAUAAAUGGUUUUGUAAAAUCA